GAACGGAGAACUUGAUGGACUAAUAUGCAAAUGUACUCUUAAACCUCUUCCCCAGCGCGAUGGCCGCCGCCGCCGCGGGAGAAACACCGGUGGGCGACGGGGCUCCGCCGUCAGGGGCUCUGUACUCCUUCGGAACGCCGUGGCCGGAGCUCAAUCAAGGCCUCACCUACACCGACACGUUCCGUUGCGCUGAUGCGGACGCCGUUACCACCUUGAUUGAGUUCUACUCUAGUAAAUACAAGAGCUCGGCGCCGUUGCCAGGGUGGAUCAAGAGGAUUGGUAACCGGCAGAUAACCGUUGAUGGUGAAGUUGUCACUGAUCCAGAUAUGACUCUCAGGGAUGGUUCUAAGUUGGUAUAUCAUCGUUUUCCCUGGCAGGAGCCAUUUGCGCCAUAUUUGCUGGAAGUGCUCUACGAGGAUGAUGACAUGGUUGCCCUUAAUAAGCCUUCUGGCUUGCAAGUUCUGCCUAAAGGCCUCUUUCAGCAGCGCACUGUUUUAGCACAGCUUCAAUUGAAAGACUGGAAGAUGGCCUCAUCUUGCCGCUCCAAGAGAAAAGAUGUGCAGUCACAUCCAGUACCUGUUCAUCGAUUAGGGAGGGGAACAUCAGGCCUCCUGCUUUGUGCCAAGACAAAGGUUGCCAAAGUUCGACUUGCAUCUUAUUUUGCUGAGGGUGCUAUAAAUGCUGCAACGAAAAGGGAUAAAUCAGAGUUCAGUGAAGAGCGAAAAAUUUCAAAAUUUUAUCGAGCCUUAGUGACUGGCAUACUUGAUAAUGAUGAGGUUGUGGUUACGCAACCCAUAGGGCUAGUUCAUUAUCCUGGAGUUGCAGAGGGACUUUAUGCGGCAUGUUCCUCAGGAAAGCCAGCAAUGAGCAAAGUAUGUGUACUUGAGAGACUUGCACACCAAAAUCACACACUGGUCCAGGUUGAAAUUCAUUCAGGACGACCUCACCAAAUACGGAUACACCUUGCAUACAUUGGGCACCCUCUUGUAGAUGAUCCUCUCUAUGGUAUUGGUGGCCACCCCAAAUUUGUUGAGCCAGAAUCUACUGGCACAGAUAAUUCUUUUGCAUUUGAUGGAGGUUAUGAGAGACCUCUGCAACCUGUUCCUGGAGACUGCGGGUAUCACCUACAUGCACAUUGGCUGGUCCUUUGCCACCCAACAACCAAUAAGGUGAUUAAACAUAUAUCUAAUCUUGGGCAGAUGGUAAAAAUUACCGCUCCUCUUCCACAAAUUCUACAGACACGGGAGGAACGCCGUGCUACAGCUGAGCAAGUCGAUGGUUGAACUGAGCAAGCAGCAAGUCCUCACAGACGUCUGCUCCUCUAUUUUAUCACCUUUCUCGAGGACAUACUUGCGUCGUACACUAUCAACUGUACAACGGCGAGCUGCAAAACUCUGGCUCGACGCAGCGCCGUCUCAUGUGACGUUUAGGACAGGCUAACGGGAUAACAUCAGAUAUUUAAAAGUAAACGGAGUACUAGCUAAUGAGCUCUAUGAUGAUUCUUCUAUCCUUGAAUCUUGUUCAUCUAUUCGAAGUUCAAAUUAAACGGAGUACUAGCUAAUGAGCUCUAUGAUGAUUCUUCUAUCCCUGAAUCUUGUUCGAUCUA